ACGAGGAAGAGGAGGAAGGAACGGUAUGGCUCGCCUACGAAGCAGUGGCUGCAGCGGCGGUUCUCUCUGUCUCUUGGUUCUGGCAGUGGCAUGCCUACUGCAGCGUGCCCAGGUGAAAAAGCCAGUCCGAUGCCCUGCCACAUGCAGCUGCACCAAAGAAUCCAUUAUUUGUGUGGGAUCCCCUGGUGUGCCGCGAAUCAUCCCCAGCGACAUCAGCUCCUUGAGCCUGGUAAAUGGAACCUUUUCUGAAAUCAAGGACAGAAUGUUUGCCCAUCUGCCUUGCCUGCAGCUGCUCUUGCUGAACUCUAACUCAUUUACUAUCAUACGAGAUGAUGCCUUUGCUGGUCUCUUCCAUCUAGAGUACCUAUUUAUUGAAGGAAACAAAAUAGAAACCAUUUCAAGAAAUGCGUUCCGUGGCCUUCGCGAUCUGACUCACCUUUCUUUGGCUAAUAACAACAUCAAAGCUCUGCCAAGGGAUAUCUUCAGUGAUUUAGAUUCUCUGAUUGAAUUAGAUUUAAGGGGAAAUAAAUUUGAGUGUGACUGCAAAGCCAAGUGGUUGUUUUUGUGGUUAAAGAUGACAAAUUCCACUGUUUCUGAUGUCCUGUGUAUUGGUCCAGCAGAAUACCAGGAUAAGAAGUUAAAUGAUGUCACAAGUUUUGAUUAUGAAUGCACCACUACAGAUUUUGUUGUUCAUCAGAUUUUGCCAUACCAGUCAGUUUCAGUGGAUGCAUUCAACUCUAAGAAUGAUGUGUACGUAGCCAUUGCACAGCCUAGCAUGGAGAACUGCAUGGUACUGGAAUGGGAUCACAUUGAAAUGAAUUUCAGAAGUUAUGACAACAUCACAGCAACAGGUCAGUCCAUUGUGGGAUGCAAAGCAAUCCUGAUCGAUGACCAGGUCUUUGUGGUGGUGGCACAGCUCUUCGGUGGCUCACACAUCUACAAGUAUGAUGAAAGCUGGACAAAGUUUGUCAAAUUCCAGGACAUAGAAGUGUCUCGCAUUUCCAAGCCAAAUGAUAUAGAGUUGUUUCAGAUAGACAGUGAAAAGUUUUUUGUCAUAGCAGAUAGCUCUAAAGCUGGUCUGUCAACCAUUUAUAAAUGGAAUAACAAAGGAUUCUACUCUUACCAGUCCCUGCAUGAGUGGUUCAGGGACACAGAUGCUGAGUUUGUUGAUAUAGAUGGAAAAUCUCAUUUAAUCCUGUCAAGCCGCUCACAAGUUCCCAUUAUACUCCAGUGGAACAAAAAUUCAAAAAAGUUUGUCCCACACAGUGAAAUCCCCAACAUGGAGGAUGUCUUGGCUGUGAAGAGCUUCAGGAUGCAAAACAGCCUCUACAUUACACUCACAAGGUUUAUUGGUGACUCCAGAGUCAUGAAGUGGAAUAGCAAGCAGUUUGUGGAGAUACAGGCUCUCCCGUCUCGAGGGGCAAUGACACUGCAGCCUUUCUCCUUUAAGAAUAAUCACUACCUAGCUCUAGGAAGUGACUACACCUUCUCCCAGAUAUACCAGUGGGAUAACGAGAAGAACCUCUUUAGAAUAUUUAAAGAAAUCUACGUGCAGGCACCUCGCUCUUUCACAGCUGUGUCAACUGAUCGAAGAGAUUUUUUCUUUGCUUCCAGUUUUAAAGGAAACACGCAGAUAUUUGAACAUAUAAUUGUUGACUUGAGUUUAUGAAGGCUGUUGGAGUGAAUCUCAUGUCCAGUGAGACAUUUUCACUUAUCAGAAACAACAACAAAAAGACAGAUUAUUCAUCUCCAAAAAUAGGGCAUACAUGUGGAACUAGUAAGAAGUUUUCUGAACUUUUAGAAUUUGCAUAUUAACCAGGGAUUGCAAUGACUUGGUUAACUGCAUGACAUGUCCAUUAUACCAUUUUUAAAGACAUUUUAAAACCUUUAAUUAUUCAGAGGCGUGUGCAAUGCAUUAGGAUUUAUUCUGAUAUCUAAGACAGCUAUGUGAAUUUUACCUAAGAAAUUGAAUUAGAUUGGACACCUCAUAGAAACAAGAGAGGAGAAAAACCUAUGUCAAACAUGGAAACUAUUCUUUCCUCUAAACCUAACAUUUCAGAAAUGUUACUUAAGAGUAAAGUCAACUGCACAUAUUUGUUGAUGAAUUGUAUAAAUUGACAUCAAUCUUCAAAAACAUUUUUUGGUCAUCUUUGUUCCUUGUGACUGAUGGGCAGCAUCUCUUUGUUCUUUAUAAUAAAACAAAGGUCAUUGUUUUAAUUCAUAUUGAUAGUAGAUGAGAGGGAAAGUUAAAAAUUCUUUGACAUCUUCUUGUUGAUUUCAGAGAGAAAGCAUGGAUAAAAAAAAUCACUAUGGAUGACUGGAUGGCAAUGAAAUAAAGGGCCUUUCACUUCUAGAUAAUGGGUUCCCAACAGCUUCAGGUCAAUAAUGACUGAAAAUGGCUGAUCGUUGUUUCCUGGCAUAUUUGAACUCAGCUGGUCUUAGUUCAAUUUGUAGCUCAUAAGUAUCUGUUUCACAAAUACAAACGCUCUAACUGGCACUAACUCACACCUCUACUGGCAGUCUCAGUAGUAUGCCAAGGAUUUUAUUGAGUAUGGAAACUGAACUACUCUCUCACCCUUAGGCCUGGUCUACACUACAGGGUUAAAUUAGCCUAAAUUAUACAACUCCAGCUACGUGAAUAAUGUAGCUGGAGUCAACAUAACUUAGGUUGACUUAUUGCGGUGUCUAUACCACGCUGGGUCGAUGGGAGAAACUCUCACAUCGACUUACCUUAUGCUUCUUGUUCUGGUGGGGUACUGGAGUCGAUGGGAGAGUGAUCUGCAGUCAAUUUAGUGGGUCUUCACUAGACCUAUUAAAUUGACCCCCGGUGGAUCA